CCCCUGGCAUCUCGCAAAGCCGAUCACCGCGAGAGGAUUGCACAUCAAGACCUGAUGAGAUGGUUACAUGCCAGAUCUCUCGAAAUGACACCUGGAGGUUAUCUGGCCAUGUAUUAUUGUCUACGACGGACAUACUCUCCCAACGAUACGACCUCUUCCACCUCGACUUCUACACGCCAUCCUAGUCAAAAACAUACGGACAAGGCGGCCUCUCUGGAUAGCAUCAUAAGCCCAAGACCGACCAGUCCUUCGUCGGUAUCAACGACCAGUGGUGACGGGACCGCGUUGGUGGGGCCGCCUCUACAAGAACCACCUAUAGUCAAUGGACACCCUCAAAAGAUACUCUGGGACAUUUGGCAAGCAAUGCAUAGCGCCAUGGCGUCAGCCUUGCAGCCUGCGGUGGUCCUUGGAGAAAUUGGACCCAAGGUUGCCCCUCGUAUUCUCGACGUACCUUUCUGGCCGCGCACACUGGCAGAAUCGCAGAAGAGUUUGUCGGGGUUAGACGACUGGGAGAUUUUGCGAGAAGAAGUCAUCGAUCACAAUGAUGGGAUAUCAAUGGAGGAAAGGAGAGACUGGAUGCAAGCUGGUUUGCGGAUUCAUCGAUUGACCCAUCCUGCUUGGACGGCGCUGUGUGCGGGCGAGAUUGAUAGACCUACAUAUGCACGGCGGAUCGCGGCAUGGGUCAGUAGUGUAUACGAGACGCAUAUGAAGCAGGUCUUGAGAACGCAUGGGGAUCGCGAUGUGGGUCAUGCCGAGAUGACCGUCUCGGAUACUUUUAGAAUACUCGUGGACAAGUGCGAGGCAGGCGUGUUGGACGCUCUUCAGCUCGAUAUAGGAAUCGUGCUUCUGCGGCGCAAAUGAUGCUGGAUUCAAUCUGGAAAUGUCUGACCCGAUCCUCAGCUGUCCAUCACCGGUCUCCUAUCAUGUCAAAUACCCCCGUCUUAGGCGACAAGAGCAAAAGUGUCUAUCAAUACAUUCAUCUUUCCCAACAAUCAUGCAUGGUCGUGUAUUAUCA